AUAAAGAUGAAUUAAUAUGAAUAGAUCCAAAUCUAAAUACUCCGUACUGUAUAAUAUUGUAGUGGUAAACUUGCCUUUUUGUUCACAUUGUUUCACUUUGACUUGCUCAGUAUUUGUAGCAACCUUUGCGUGAGUUUCUGAAGUUGACGAUUGUCGUGUUUCUUGCCACAACCAAGAUUCCUCAACUUUUUUGUAUUACAAAGUUUCUUACUCAAAACUAAUUUCUGUUUUCAAUCAAUCAAUAAUAAAAAUGCAUUAAUCUUAUGAACCUUUGAAUAUAGUUUGAAAUCUAGUCUUCAUUUUUUCUUGUUAACUUCUGAAAGUAGCAAAGAUCAUAGAUGGAGAGUUAUCUGAAUGAUAAUUUCGGAGAUGUGAAACCCAAAAACUCAUCUGAAGAAGCGCUUCAGAGAUGGAGAAAGCUUUGUUGGGUUGUUAAGAAUCGUAAAAGAAGGUUUCGUUUCACUGCUAAUCUUUCUAAGAGAUUUGAAGCUGAAGCUAUAAGAAGAUCCAAUCAGGAAAAGUUCAGAGUUGCAGUGUUGGUUUCACAAGCUGCACUUCAGUUUAUUCAUGGGCUAAGUUUGUCAAGUGAGUAUAAAGUACCGGAGGAAGUUAAAGCUGCAGGUUUUGAAAUUUGUGCUGAUGAGGCGGGAUCAAUUGUUGAUGGACGUGAUGUGAAGAAGUUGAAAAUUCAUGGCGGGAUUGAGGGUAUCACGGACAAGCUCAAUUCCUCUGUGAAUGAUGGGAUAUCCACAUCCGAGUCUUUACUGAAUCGGAGAAAAGAAAUUUAUGGAAUUAAUAAAUUCACUGAAAGUCCAGCCCGGGGAUUUUGGGUUUUUGUAUGGGAAGCACUUCAAGAUACAACUCUUAUGAUACUUGCGGUCUGUGCUUUUGUCUCUUUAGCGGUUGGCAUAAUAAUGGAAGGGUGGCCUAAGGGUGCGCAAGAUGGGAUUGGUAUUGUUGCAAGCAUAUUGCUUGUAGUGUUUGUCACUGCCACCAGCGAUUAUAGACAAUCAUUGCAGUUUAAGGAUUUAGACAAAGAGAAGAAAAAAAUUACAGUUCAGGUCACGCGAAAUGGCUAUAGACAGAAAAUUUCAAUAUAUGAUCUACUUCCUGGUGAUAUUGUUCAUCUUAAUAUCGGAGAUCAAGUACCUGCUGAUGGACUUUUUUUGUCCGGUUUUUCUGUGUCUAUAAAUGAAUCAAGUUUGACAGGAGAAAGUGAACCGGUAAAUGUCAGCGACCUUAAUCCGUUUCUUUUAUCUGGAACCAAAGUCCAAGAUGGAUCAUGCAAGAUGCUUGUGACUACUGUUGGAAUGAGAACUCAAUGGGGUAAGCUAAUGGCUACUCUAAGUGAAGGGGGAGAUGAUGAAACUCCCUUGCAGGUAAAACUCAAUGGCGUGGCUACCAUUAUUGGGAAAAUAGGGCUAUUUUUCGCUGUUGUGACUUUCUCUGUGUUGGUCCAAGGGCUAUUUAGCCGUAAGCUUCAAGAAGGUUCCCAAUGGACAUGGUCUGGUGAUGAUGCUAUGGAAAUUGUGGAAUUCUUCGCUAUUGCUGUUACAAUUGUUGUUGUUGCUGUUCCUGAAGGUUUACCUUUAGCUGUGACAUUGAGCCUUGCUUUCGCCAUGAAAAAGAUGAUGAAUGAUAAGGCACUCGUCCGUCAUUUGGCUGCUUGUGAGACAAUGGGAUCUGCCACUACUAUCUGCAGUGACAAGACUGGUACAUUAACUACUAAUCAUAUGACUGUUGUAAAAGCUUGCAUAUGCGGGAAGAUCAAAGAGGCAAAUAGCUCUACAAACACCUCUGAUUUCUCAUUUGAUGUCCCUGAUUCUGCUAUGGCAAUUCUACUUGAAUCAAUAUUCAACAAUACUGGAGGAGAAGUCGUCAAAAAUGAAAAUGGAAAGAUCGAGAUUCUGGGAUCACCAACUGAGACUGCCAUCUUGGAAUUCGGUCUGUCACUUGGUGGUGAUUUCCACAAAGAACGACAAGUAUCAAAACUUGUGAAAGUUGAACCAUUUAAUUCAAUAAAGAAGCGCAUGGGGGUAGUUCUACAGCUUCCUAAUGGUGUCUACAGAGCACACUGCAAGGGAGCUUCUGAAAUAAUUCUCGCUGCAUGUGACAAAUUUGUAGACAAAAAUGGCGAGGUUGUUCCACUCGAUGAAGAUUCCAUCCGUCACUUGAAUGAUACAAUUGAAAAAUUUGCCAAUGAAGCUCUCCGGACACUUUGCCUUGCUUAUGUGGAUAUUCAUGAUGAAUUUUUAGUUGGAAGUCCUAUUCCUAUUAAUGGUUACACUUGUAUAGGAAUAGUGGGUAUUAAAGAUCCAGUUCGACCCGGUGUUCGAGAGUCUGUAGCCAUUUGUAGGGCAGCUGGUAUUACUGUUAGGAUGGUUACCGGAGACAACAUAAAUACUGCAAAGGCAAUUGCUAGAGAAUGUGGAAUUUUAACAGAUGGUAUAGCAAUUGAAGGCCCCGAAUUCCGUGAGAUGAGUGAGGAGAAAUUGCUUGAUAUCAUUCCCAAAAUUCAGGUAAUGGCUCGAUCUUCUCCCAUGGAUAAGCAUACCCUAGUGAAAUACUUGAGGACAACAUUUGAAGAGGUUGUUUCAGUUACUGGUGACGGUACAAAUGAUGCGCCGGCACUUCAUGAAGCAGAUAUUGGACUUGCAAUGGGCAUUGCUGGAACUGAGGUAGCAAAAGAAAGUGCCGAUGUAAUAAUUCUAGAUGAUAACUUUUCAACUAUUGUGACUGUGGCCAAAUGGGGCCGUUCAGUCUAUAUAAACAUACAGAAAUUUGUGCAGUUCCAGCUGACUGUAAAUGUUGUUGCUUUGAUUGUCAACUUCACUUCUGCCUGUUUGACCGGAAAUGCUCCCCUUACUGCGGUUCAACUUCUAUGGGUCAACAUGAUCAUGGACACUCUUGGAGCACUUGCACUAGCCACUGAACCUCCUAAUGACGAGUUGAUGAAAAGACCACCAGUUGGUAGGAAAGGAAACUUUAUCACUAAUGUGAUGUGGAGGAAUAUCACAGGGCAAUCGAUAUAUCAAUUUGUCAUAAUCUGGUUACUCCAGACAAGAGGAAAAGCAGCUUUCCAUCUUGAUGGUCCGGAUAGUGAUCUGAUAUUGAAUACACUCAUUUUCAAUUCAUUUGUAUUCUUUCAGGUUUUCAAUGAGAUCAGUUCUAGAGAUAUGGAGAGGAUAAAUGUUUUUGAAGGUAUACUGAAGAAUUAUGUGUUCACAGCUGUCCUCACCUGCACAACCAUCUUCCAAAUUGUAAUAGUCGAAUUCCUGGGCACAUAUGCCAACACAUCUCCACUUAGUUUGAAACUGUGGUUCGUUAGCGUUUUCCUUGGAGUCCUUGGCAUGCCAAUUGGAGCAGCUAUAAAGAUGAUCCCUGUGGGAUCUGUCUAAAAUAAAUUCAGACUAUUAGGUUGGUUCCCUUGUCUGGAACAAUGUCAAUUUUGAAUGCUGCAGAAGCAAGUGCAGAUGGCCGGGAAUGUUUGUGAAUACAUGUUGUUGAAGAUCAGAAGGGCAGUGUCCUUUAUACAGAAGUAGAAAAGUACUUCAAUUCAAUCUUAAAGAAGCAAAGUCUAUACAAGCAAACCAUCUUCUGGUGUACUUUUAGAUGGAAAGGGUGCUAUGCUAGUUGCUGCUGCUGUACGAUCCCUUGUGUUUUAAAGAAUAGUACUUAGGGGAUUAACUAAUUGCAUUUCAUUUAGUUCCACACAGUCUACACUUUUCCACCAAGCAGCUUCAGGUCCAUUUUUGUUUCAGUACCCUCUCAUAUUUUUCGCUGCCAGGCUAUUGGUACAAAAUUAUAUAAUAUUUGUCUGUUCGAACUUUCUAGUAGGUAAUUGUUAAGGGACUAAGAAUAUCAUGUUUCUUGUUCUUACUACUUAUAGUUUUCAUUCUUAUAAUGAAGUUAAAACAUCUACCAAA